AUGAAAAUCUCCAGUCGAAUUGAAGGGUCCUUAUGCGGCACGAUACUCCCGUUGCGACAGAGCCUCUGGCCACAAAUCAACUUCGUAUAUGGGGCGAGGACUGCUCAUGGAUGGCAAUUGCGGCCGAAGCUGCGCAAGGAGCGCGGCCGAAGUCACAAUGCCUCGAUGAAUCGCUCAGCCGAAACGCAAUUCUUCUCCUCGUGGAUUCCGCCACCCGUCCUCUUGAACCCAUUUCGCUACACAACUAGGAUCGGCGAGAAUACGUUCCGGCUCUCGACCUUCCCAGCAAACAAGAGAUCGAGUCAUUCGAGCGCCGAAGGAGAAGAAGCGACAGGCUUUCAAGGGUUGAAUAAGGAAGAAUUGCUGUCCUUGGUCGACCAGACGCAAGAUAGCACAAUCGACGAGCAUCUGCAAUUCACCAGAGACCCGUACAUGCGAGGGUAUGCGCCAGCAGACGGACCCGACUUGGCCGUUUCGGAGCGCCGGGAUGACAAUGACUUCCCAUCGUUCUACGAGACGAGGGAGGCAGGCGAACAGGAGCAAGAGACUCUGGCCAAGCUGUGGCGUGCAGUGCAGCGCCGACUAAGGAAUCCCUACAAGACCGACAUCGAAUAUAUCUACGGACUUUACCAAAGCCUGCCCGAGCCACGAAUGCCGUACCUACACGCGAAGAUACGCCAUGGUUUGAUGAAAUGCCUCGGCCGAGAGAAGAAAACAUCGAGGUCCAUGCUGCGCUAUUUCGCCGUAGUCGCAGAUAUUCAGAGCAAUGGCCUCCGCCUCACCCGGCCUGAGUGGAACGCUGCCUUGUCCUUUGCAGCCCGUUACGUCGGUCACUCCACGGAGACCGAGGCGGCAGCGGCCAUGAACUUGUGGAGAGAAAUGGAGCAUGACGCCGGCCUGGGCGCUAAUGCUGUCACCUUCAACAUCCUGUUCGAUGUCGCGUCGAAGGCGGGCAACUUUGUCCUGUCAGAGAUGCUGUACAAGGAGAUGGAUAAGCGUGGUUUCAAAUACACUCGGUACCAUCAUGUCAGCUUGAUCCACUUCUUCGGGCUGAAGAUGGACAGCGACGGCAUCCGAGCCGCCUACAAGGAAAUGGUUGAGGACGGCGAAAUGAUUGACACUACUGUGCUCAACUGUGUCAUCGCUGGCUUCCUCCGCUGUGGAGAGGAAUACGCUGCCGAGCGCGUCUACGAGCGCAUGAAAGCCGCACACGAGCGAGCCCCAGCCAUGCCCUACCGGAACUACAUGAAUGACGCUGCCAUCACCAAAGUCCUGAUGAUGUUCGCAAGGAUAUCAAAAAAGAAUCCUAUGCUUCGGCGACAGUUUCAGAAGGCUUCUCCGAUAGUCCCCGACAUUCAGACUUAUCGCAUCCUGCUAAAUCACUAUGCAGUAAAGUUGUCCGCCCUAGACCAAGUCGCGCACUAUCUCGACGACAUGAAAUGGUUCCAGAUCCCACUAAACGGAGCCGUUUUCCUCGCCCUGUUCAAGGGCUUCGGUCUAUACGGCGGGCCCAAGGGCCAAGUCUGGAGUCCUCAACGGCUCGAGAGCGUUUGGACCGCCUUCGCCCAGGCGCUGGCGGAGAAGACACAUGGCAUGUAUGUCGACGUGUGGAUGGCGAAGUGGAUUCUCCGGGCGUUCCGCAAAUGUGAUACCAAGGACCGGGUCAGGGAGGUUUGGGCUGAGCUCCGGCCGCGGUGCGAGACGGAUUUUGAGCCCGAAGACGUCGAGCACUUUGAGGAGUUUUUGGUCGAUCUCUUCGAGGGUGGCGAGCAGGCAAUGGAAUAUGGAGACACGGGCAUGUUUGGGAGAUCUAGGGCUCAGCAUCAUGACUGA